CCGGUUUGAGUAGCAGCUUUACGUAAAAAUUUCUCUCCACUUUAUUUUGUAAUUUGCAAGAGAUGAACAGGAAUAUGACAACGGUUUCCCUAGUUGAGAGCAACAGUGCACCAAAUGGCCACCAACUGGUUAACUCUUACCAGACCAACAGGAACAGUGACCCUAUGGACCUGGUGCAGCUUGCCCAAGUUGUAGAAAAGGGUGAUCAGUUCGUCAGGGCAACAGCAGGCAGUAAGCUCACAGUGAUAGCUGAUCAGAUCAGAUACUUACAAGAACAAGCCAAAAAGGUUUUGAUUGAUGCUAAGAGAGACCAGGACCUGCAUCAUGCUGCGUGUAACCUUGUUAGGAAACCCGGCACUGUCUACCACCUUUACGAGAGAGACUCUGGACAGGUCUACUUCUCAAUCCUCUCACCAGCGGAAUGGGGCCCAGCAUGUCCACAUGAGUUUUUAGGCUCAUUUAAGCUUGAACAUGAUAUGUCUUGGACUGAGUACAAAGAUAUUGAGAAACGUGGACAGGACUUUGCCAUGAUAGACAAAAUUCUAAAUACUCAGUUAGCCCUGACAGAGUCUUCGCAGCCAAACUUUGAUGGACUCAUAAAGAGCAACAGUAACCCAGAUAUCAAGGAACUGCCGCAUGAAAGUGUAACCAAACACGUGCUGUAGAUAUGUUGUGUAAGGUGUUAUCAAUUUAUCUGAGUUUUAGUCAACAUUGGGAUUAAAGGAGUACCUGUUAUGAUCUUCACUGCUUAUCAGACAUGUAAGAAGUUGAUACUAUGGAAUUGACUGAAGCCACCCUAGACUUUGGACAGGGUAAUUAAUAGGCAUGUUCAAAGACCUUGACCAUAAAAUUACAACAGAAUUACAAAUCACUGUUUUGACAUAGAUCUCUUUGUACUUUGAUUAUCCUAUGUUAUGUCAAACAUUGGAUUUGUUUACUUGGGGCUAAGGUUGAUAAUACUGAGCUAAUCAGGUCAAGGGUUAAUCAGGUCAAAGGUCAUUCCUUGCAUCCUUUGUGAUGCACAUGGUUAUAGAUGAGAAGCAAACAAUAAGAAUAAAAGAAUUUAGAGCAUUCUCAUGAUUUUUUU